UGAUUUUAAUUAAAAGAUUGACAGAAAAUAGUGAAAGUGGUGCUUGCAUCCAAUAUCUAUGUAGCUCGUGCUUUUUGGUUUCUCAAUUUCUCCUUACCAACUAUCCCCAUGAGUUCCUCGCCGCACCAUUCCGGCGGCGACGGCAACGGCCACGGAAACAGCGAGAAAAGACCCAGAUUUUUCGACACAAAGACGAAGAGCAUCUGUUGGUCAAAGGCUGAUACUGUGCCCGGCCGUCAUCCAGAAAGGUGGCGCAAAGACGCCGCCGGUAACAUUGUCUGCAAGCGUUUCUUCAAUUGCCUUGGUUGCCUCUGCUACGAGUACGAUCACAUCGUUCCUUUUUCCAAAGGUGGUGAAUCGACGGCGGAUAAUUGCCAAAUACUUCAAUCACGAGUGAAUAGAUUAAAGUCGGACAAAAGUCAGAUUGAUUCGGAUAAGUUGAAAGGAUAUUCUUGUGAUAUUAAUUUUACUGACAAGGAGCUCGAUAUAAUUGAGAUGGCUGUUUUUGGCGAUGUAAUCCGGCCAGGAAACCAGUGUAGAUGCAGAACUGUUGAUGAAGUGCUUGGAAAAUUCAAGGCGAAAGACAACACUAAUGCGUGCAAGUUGCCAUAGGAGGAUGAAUCUUUAGCUAUAAUAAACAAUUUUCGAAUACUUGUAUUAGUAAAAGAAGCUCUUAACCCUAUUCUCUCUUCUUAUUUUUUAGACAAAACAAUAAGGUUUCCUCAUUUUCCAUCAUUGUUCUUGUGUAAGGAUUGACAUCUAGACGGUUUAUUAAGAAUAACAUGAUGAUGCAAAGGAGGGUGUUAGACAAAUUAGGGGAAACAGAAGUUGUAGAUUUCAGACAAAAGAGCCGACUAGAUUGCUGAGGAAGGGCAUCAGCUAAGGUUUAUAAUACACUACCAGAUUGUUGCAAAUUAUCAACUUGGGAAGUCUGUUAUGUUUCCAAAUUACACAUGGAUACAUAUCAAUAUGCACUGCUGUUUGAUGACAUGAAUGCACAUGGUUCACAAGUAUUUGCUUGUCUUAGAGAUUGAUACACUAUAGGGAAUGAAUUUUCAUGUAUUUGGAUGUUGUGGUGGUAAAAUGUGUAAUUUGUGAUUCAAUUAAAUACAAGCUGGUGCAGAUUGACAAUUGUCUCAUCCAGUAUCGGGCAUACCGUUUUAGUUUGUGAUUUACCCCAGAUUCCAUUUACAUCAAUGCCUCAUGGAUGUUUAAAUUUGUACUAGAAUAACCCUUGAAUUGUCCAAAAAUUUCUGUUAUGUUGCGAGUUAUCUGA